UGAAAAACAAAAAGUUGGCGGUGGACGCCCUGCACGCCCCAUGACCUUCACGCUUCGCCUCGAGGCGCUGACGGCCAUCAGGGACGCCCUGACUAGGCGUGGUGGUACGCUGACCCUUGUAACUCAAGUGAAGAGCGCGAAAAAGUAUCGUCUCCAGCUGACAGCAGACCUGUCGGAUGGGUCCAGCAGCAUGUGGCGCAGCGACUACAUCAAGUACCCAAAGGGACAAACCAAGGCACGUGACUGGUCGGCCGAGGCAAAGUGGGCUGCUGCCUGGCGGCCAUCUUCUUCUAGCGGCAGCGCCGUUCUCUCCACAGAAGAUGCGAGGCGUGGCAGCAACGACACACCCCCGCCGCCGCGGGGAAAAAGGCCGCGAGACUGUCAGCCUGCGGCUGAGAUCCUCACACCACCUCCAAAGCGCCCAGGAUACGAAGGGGCUGGCCGACCGAAGGGAACCUUCGGCCGGAAGAGGUUGCGCGCAAUGUUGGAUAGAUACAGAGAGCGAAUCGAGCUUGGCCAGGUGACCUGCGGCCGCUUGGAAGUGCGGGACCUCUCCAGCGCGAUGUUGGAUGCGGCGCAAGAGGUGGAGAAACAUGAGCAGGACUGGCGACCGGCGUUUCUCAAGCGCCAGAGCAACAGGGACGUGCUGAAGUACCGGGUCGAGACGUAUCUCCCCGCUUACUUCGAGCAUCGCGACUACACGGAGAUCUGGAUCGACGCGAGCAUGGAGGAAGUUCGAUCCUGGGAGGUGGAAACGCAGCCGAGGGACAUGAAGGAGGACGGGCGUGUUUGGGUUUGCGUGCAUGCCUUCGCAGAAACCCUCUCCGAGUUCCAUCCGGAUCUACGAGCGAGGGUCACCAGCAAGAAAAAGUACGCCGAUGGCAGAAGAGCGAUAUUUUGCUACCAGGACGAGUGCAUCUACAGGGCCCACGACGGGGAGAGCAAGGCGUGGUGGCCGCCGAUGAUGCACGGGCUGAAAAAGAAGGGAGAAGGACAGGGCAUCAUGAUUUCCGGCACCAUCGUGGGCGACGUCGGAUUCGUCGAGGGCACUCAAGACGACAUCGACAAGGCCCAAGAUCUGCGGCGCGAGCGCUGCCGCAUUUCGGAGGAAAAGCACGCAGCAGGUGAUCACACCAGGCCGGAAAAGUACCGCGACAUCAACAUGCUCUACUUCGAGGGCGAGGGCGACGACCGCAAGUUCUCGACGUACUACAAGUUCGAGUACGGCAAGAACAAGGAGGGCUACUGGACGGGGGAGAAGAUGAUCGAGCACAUGGCGGAUGUGUUGGAUCUGUUGGCCGUCAAGUUCCCGAGGCACAGGCCCAUCUGUUUUUUCGACUGGUCAUCGUGUCAUGAUUGCGUUGAGGAGGGGGCACCGAGUGUAACUAGGAUGAACGCAGGGUACGGGGGGGUGAGAAAGGGUCAGGAGAUAGCUCCUCAGAAUGCAACUACCAUACUGGAAGACACACCUAAACUGAAGGUAGGGGCGGUGCAGCACCUCACCUUCCAGCAGGGAGAGUAUCCAUUCUAUGAGCCAGGCGCCACCGAUCACGUAGGCAAGGUCAAGGGGAUGAAGCAAAUCCUGUUUGAGAGGGGGCUUUGGAUCCCAGGUAUGACCAUGUCGGGGGGCAAGAAGGGCCAGGAGCCUAACAAGAAGAUGAGCAUGCCGGCGGUGUUGCGCGCGCAAAAGGAUUUUGCGAACGUCGACUCUAGCCUAGAGGUUCUGCUGAAGCGCCACGGAGGGGUUGCGCUCAUGCUUCCAAAGUUCCAUUGCGAGUUGAACCCGAUCGAGCUUGUGUGGGGUAGAUCUAAGUGGUGGGUACGUAGGAACUGCAAGUACACUAUCGCGUGCUUGCGAGAGAACGUUUCUAAGAGCUACGGGGUACACAACUUGAGCCUAGACAUUGUUCAAAAGUUCUGCAGGAAGGUGGCCAACUUCCACGCGGUGUACGACGCCGGGCUUACGGGCGCCGAGGCGGUAGAGGCGCAAGAGAAAUGCAAGUCGCACCGUAAGCCAGCUCCAUCCGAGUACAUUAACCCCAAGUAGUGUAUGCUAUGAUCGCGGCGGUACGUAUG